AUGGAUGAGCAACGGUGGAAGGGCAAUGCCAACGACAACGAAAACACCAACAGUUGGCCGAAUGAGACAAUGUCGAGGCACAGAAACUGGAGCGCCGCCGCCCUGGGACCCGGCCCUACCAACUUGCAUCAACCCCUCGAGCUAAGUGCAAGAUCUAGCGUGGACUCCACUGUGGCAGCUCUUGCAUCUUCUUUAGGCGUAGGUUCACAACAGCUAUUCCCUUUCACAGUCAAGACAGGCGAACGCAGAACCUGCGGACCCAAUCCCGCCAGAACGGUGACUUCAAGCCCUCCGAGGGAGGCUUCGGAGGGAUAA